AUGGAUUCCUUCCAGUGUCUACAGAUCAACCCAAAGACCUGGAAAGACCUCGCAGACAACCGGUCGGCCCAAAGAAGUGCGACGAGGACUUGGGAAGCCAUCUAUGAAGACAACCGGGUCGGCGCCGCCAAAUUCAAAAGGGAACUUUGCAAGUCUCGUGCACUCCUGACUGGCAAUGCCAACCCCCAACAAGUCCGCGUUGCUAAGGAGCAUCCCGCAUGCGGGUUGGCCUCGUCAGACAUCUCCGGACUCAAUGCACCAACAUCCCAACAACCCCCAACUGCUGCCUCCCGAUCACUCCCGCUCCAACCUCCACAGUGUCCACGACGACGCUCACCCUCAUCACCGAUGAUCAGCAUCUCCGUCGCCGUCCGUCACCAACAACUUUAUCAUCCCUCCUACAACCUUCGUGACGAUGAUGGCGACCACCACAGCUUCUACUCCCGCUACCGAUCAAAACUCUUCCAGCAACCCGUCAACCACAACUUUUACCAUUCCCACUCCCAUCUCCAGCGAUGUGGACUGCAUCCCAAACUGUCCUCAUUGCGAUUGCAAAUUCACCUCACGCGUCGGUCUGGUCGGUAA